CUCUUACGUUUAUUUCAAGUCGGUUCACAUCCGACGCCGUACGUGCGAAAAACAAAAAAAAUAUUUUUUUUCGUUUAUGUUUUUAUUUACUUUUUUGUCGAUACAUUCAAUUAAGUUAAGUCCCCGAAAAAAUAUCAGUUAAACAAUAAAAGUAAUUGACUGGCAGAAAAAUAAUGGCGAAAUUAUUUUUCGUUUGUACCAUUCUGGUAUUCGUUGUUUCUGCUCAUGGUAUCAGAGUGAAGCGACAAUCAGCCACUGACGACACAUCGUCCAAAAAGGAAGAAUCGUUUGAACAAGAACUAUGCAAAGAUAAAGAUGCCGGUGAAUGGUUUCGAUUAGUUGCCGGAGAAGGAGACAAUUGCCGUGAUGUCAUCCAGUGCACAUCAUCGGGUCUUCAAGCUAUUCGCUGUCCAGCCGGUCUAUUUUUCGACAUUGAAAAACAGACUUGUGAUUGGAAAGAUGCUGUAAAAAAUUGCAAACUCAAGAACAAAGAACGCAAGGUGAAGCCAUUGCUGUACACCGACGAGCCACUUUGUCAGGACGGAUUUUUGGCUUGCGGUGAUGGUAAUUGCAUUGAACGCGGUCUGUUCUGCAACGGUGAAAAGGAUUGUACCGAUGGAUCAGAUGAAAAUAGUUGUGACAUCGACAAUGAUCCCAACCGAGCCCCACCAUGUGAUCCAGCUGUCUGUGUACUACCGGAUUGUUUCUGUUCGGAAGAUGGUACAACCAUUCCCGGUGACUUGCCACCGAAGGAUGUGCCAAUGAUGAUCACAAUCACCUUCGACGAUGCCAUCAACAACAACAACAUUGAAUUGUACAAGGAAAUCUUCAAUGGAAAACGUAAGAAUCCAAACGGUUGUGAUAUCAAAGCAACAUACUUUGUGUCGCACAAAUAUACCAACUAUUCGGCGGUGCAGGAGACCCAUCGCAAGGGACAUGAAAUCGCUGUACAUUCAAUCACUAAAGGACAACAAAGCUGGAGGGAAAAUAGAAACCAUGCCCACAACGACGAAGAACGUUUCUGGUCGAACGCUACCGUUGACGAUUGGGCCAAGGAAAUGGCUGGUAUGAGAAUCAUUGCCGAAAAGUAUGCCAACAUUACCGACAAUUCCGUUGUCGGCGUUCGUGCUCCAUAUUUGCGUGUGGGCGGUAACAACCAAUUCACAAUGAUGGAAGAACAGGCAUUCUUGUACGAUUCAACCAUAACGGCACCACUGUCCAAUCCUCCACUAUGGCCAUACACCAUGUACUUCAAGAUGCCACACCGUUGCCACGGCAAUCUCCAAAGUUGUCCAACCCGAUCGCAUGCCGUCUGGGAAAUGGUAAUGAACGAAUUAGAUCGCAGAGAAGAUCCCACCAACGAUGAAUAUCUACCGGGAUGCGCUAUGGUCGACUCAUGCUCAAACAUUCUGUCCGGCGAUCAAUUCUACAAUUUCCUGAACCACAAUUUCGAUCGCCAUUACGACCAGAAUCGUGCCCCAUUGGGACUGUACUUCCAUGCGGCCUGGUUGAAAAACAAUCCCGAAUUCUUGGACGCCUUCCUGUACUGGAUCGACGAGGUUCUGGCCAACCACAAUGACGUGUAUUUCGUGACGAUGACCCAGGUGAUCCAGUGGAUCCAGAAUCCACGAACGGUCGCCGAAGUGAAGAACUUCGAACCAUGGAGAGAGAAGUGUUCGGUCGAAGGUGUUCAGGCCUGUUGGGUACCACACUCAUGCAAGCUGACAUCGAAAGAGGUUCCCGGCGAAACAAUCAAUUUGCAGACAUGCGUCAGAUGUCCAAACAAUUAUCCAUGGUUGAACGAUCCUACUGGUGAUGGUUUCUUCUAAGUCAUACGUUUUUAGUAAAUUAUUUUGUUAACAAAAAAAGGAAAAAAAAAACAAUUUUUAAAGAAAGAGAGAGAGAGAAAAUAUCAAAAAUUAU